AUGUCAUCUAUCCUUUUGCUUCCUAACGAGCUGCUGCGCGACAUCAGCUUUUAUCUAUCAAAUGAUGCGGUCUACGAUGUGAACCACCCCCAGAAGCAACUGAUAAACCUGUCGAUGUGCUGUCGACACCUGCGUCGCGUGUGUGCGCCUGCAAUAUGGCGCUGUUUUAUCGGAAGACGAAAGCUUAGAAACCAUGGCGAGGACUAUGCCAUCGAGGAUCCCUACUCAAUGGUCAAGACGUGGUACAUAUGUGUGGACCAGAAGACUGGCCAAGUGCAUAUACCUGAUGUGUUGGUCAGGCAUGGGUCGCUAGUGCGGUUCCUGUGCCUGGAACUCAGUGACAGCAGCUUGAAUCGCCAGGCUGACCUUGCAAUGUUCAACGCAAUCUGUGAGUACUGCCCACUGAUCAACGAGCUCGAGCUCGAUACGCUCGACUGCAGCCAUGCAAGUGCCAGCUACUUGGCGUAUUUGUUCUCCCAUGCCGCAAAUCCACAGCGCAGCCUAUCUCGCCGACUGCGCCAUCUAGCGCUGAGCUGCCGCGAUAAUGUGCCAGGUAUUCCGACGUCCCCAAUUGAUUUGGAACAUUUGGCUGGAAUGAACACCCUGUCCGAGCUUCAUAUAGCUGGUGUGCGGCUCCCAGUGGAGUCGGUCCGCACUGCGCUGGCCGGCUGUAGUAUGCGUGAGCUGAGUCUGAUGGAUAUGUCAUCGCUGCCGGUCGACCUGGCUGGCCUAAUUGGAGCGAUCCCGGAGCCGCAUCAGCUACAGCUUGUUUCACUGUCUACUGCAGCCCCGUUCGCUGUCACUGUUCUAAAGCCCAUAUUCGAGAUACCUCCGGAGCUGGCUGGCACACCGCAAGGAGUCUCAUGGCUUACAAGUCUGACACUGCGCGAAUGUGUGGUGGAUAGGGACUUCAUUGCUGAGUAUAUCACUCCUCAGCGCCUACCGUACCUUGCGAUUCUUGGCUUCAGCUGCAAGGUAGAACAGGGUUCAGUCGAGUUCUUUACCAACUUUUGUGCCUAUGAGUGGCCGCGGCUAGUUGCUCUAGAUAUGGCAUACUGCACCAUGCUCAUGGCCCUGUUUGUCCGAAUCCCAUCUGCGUGCCCUGGCCUGAGGUCACUGAAUGCUGACUGCGAGUUUAUAGAAUUCUUGCUGCAUGAUAUGCACAAUGAGGAUGAUGCUGCAGGUGAGUUUGCACAGGGGCUCAGUAGUGUGCUUCACCAGCUCAAGCACCUCGAGCAGCUGAAGAUAUGUGUUCCCACGCUGCAUACAAGCAUAGCGCUGUUCGGGAGAGAUACAAUGCCGCAGUGCCUCAGAACCAACGUUGUAUCGCUGCAUAUCAAUUCGCAGAGGACGAGGGGCGGUCGAAACAGGAUCUCUCUGGCGGAAGGACUGGCAAGAAUGGGUGCUUUGCGUUCACUGACAGUGUUUGCCUGCGAUCCUUUCGACGACGAGGAAUGGCGGCAUAUCCUCGGAGAUCAAAACCUGAACGACAUGUCACUGAGAAUCACACACUACUCGGCCGACAAUGUCACUGAGGAUUCGGAUUCGGAUUUUGAGGAGUUUGUCGACUCUGACGAUUCCCCGGGCAGCGGGACCGAGCACUAG